AAGCUCUGCAGUUCUCGGUCCUCGGCCUCCUACAGGUGUGGGCGGAAGCCUGCCCUCUCGGCCGGGGACCAGCAGGAGGUGAUCUGCUGUAGGGGGCUCUCGGGAGACCAGCCCCAGCGACCCGGCUUGUCCGAGCCGCGGAGGCGACGCUGGGAGGACAGCGGAGACGGCCGGGGACAGCCGCUUCUGAAAGACUGUUUGAACCUCCUCCGCCCUAAAUCGGAACUCCUGCACCAUGGGCGUCCGCGUGACGCAGGUGCAGUCAAGACACGCCCUGUCACCGCACCCUGCGUCCUUGCUUCGGACUUUCGGAAUCUGGGGCGUCAGCCCAAAACUAGGAAGGAAAAGGGGCCUCUGUUUCUAACCCAAACCCGACAGCGUGAAUGCAUCUCAGUCCACGUGGGGCAGGCAGGUGUCCAGAUGGGCAAUGCCUGCUGGGAGCUCUACUGUCUGGAACACGGGAUUCAGCCUGAUGGACAGAUGCCCAGUGAUAAGACCAUCGGUGGGGGGGAUGACUCCUUCACCACCUUCUUCUGUGAAACUGGAGCUGGAAAACAUGUGCCUCGGGCAGUCUUUGUGGACCUGGAGCCUACUGUCAUUGAUGAGAUCCGAACGGGCCCAUACCGCCAGCUCUUCCACCCAGAGCAGCUUAUCACUGGGAAAGAAGACGCGGCCAACAACUAUGCCCGUGGCCACUACACCAUCGGCAAGGAGAUCAUUGACCCGGUGCUGGACCGGAUCCGCAAGCUGUCUGAUCAGUGCACAGGACUUCAGGGUUUCUUAGUAUUCCACAGCUUCGGAGGGGGCACCGGCUCCGGCUUCACCUCUCUGCUGAUGGAGCGGCUUUCUGUUGACUAUGGCAAGAAGUCCAAGCUGGAGUUCUCCAUCUACCCAGCCCCACAAGUGUCCACAGCUGUCGUGGAGCCCUACAACUCCAUCCUGACCACACAUACCACCCUGGAACACUCAGACUGUGCCUUCAUGGUCGACAACGAGGCCAUCUAUGACAUCUGCCGCCGGAACCUGGACAUCGAGCGCCCCAGCUAUACCAACCUCAACCGUCUCAUCAGCCAAAUCGUCUCCUCCAUCACAGCUUCCUUGCGCUUCGAUGGGGCCCUCAAUGUGGACCUGACGGAGUUCCAGACCAACCUGGUGCCCUACCCCCGAAUCCACUUCCCCUUGGCCACCUAUGCACCAGUCAUUUCUGCAGAGAAAGCCUACCAUGAGCAGCUGUCAGUGGCAGAGAUCACCAAUGCCUGCUUUGAGCCUUCCAACCAGAUGGUGAAGUGUGACCCUCGGCAUGGCAAGUACAUGGCCUGCUGCCUGCUGUACCGUGGAGAUGUGGUGCCCAAGGAUGUGAAUGCUGCCAUUGCUGCCAUCAAGACCAAACGUAGUAUUCAGUUUGUGGACUGGUGUCCCACAGGCUUCAAGGUUGGUAUCAACUACCAGCCACCCACUGUGGUGCCUGGGGGUGACCUGGCCAAAGUGCAGCGUGCAGUGUGCAUGCUGAGCAACACAACUGCCAUUGCCGAAGCCUGGGCCCGCCUGGACCACAAGUUUGACUUGAUGUAUGCCAAGAGGGCUUUUGUACACUGGUAUGUGGGUGAGGGCAUGGAGGAGGGUGAGUUCUCUGAGGCUCGAGAGGAUAUGGCUGCCCUGGAAAAGGAUUAUGAGGAAGUAGGCAUCGACUCCUAUGAGGAUGAGGAUGAGGGAGAAGAAUAGAUAACUACUUUGGAGCCUGUUCACUGUGUUUAUUGCAAAUUCCUCUCAAAAUAAAGUUUCCUUGCAUGA